ACGCCACAUCCGUCUGAGGGACAUGAAUCAGUGGAGCUCCACAGCUGUCAGGAGAAUCAUUAACCUGCCUCACACUCUCCUCCCGCUGAUUCAGACCUUUGCUUCUUCGUUCCUUCAGCGUUCUUCUCCUGCAGCCACUGAUAAGGACGCCUGUUGAGGUUGCAGUUGGGGGGAGUUGAGGGCUGUUGCCCAGACAAGAGUGUUGUGAAAGUGUUCGGCAGGAAUGCAGCGACACGCCUGGACCUGAACUUCCGCAUCGAGAAGGAAGACGACCAGAUGCACUCAACAUCAAGACGAAUCUUUGAGUCACCGAGCUUCAUCAGAGAGGAAGAACUCAACGAGGAGCAGAUGUUUAGGACGCUUUUACUUUGACACUUACCGCUGAGAAGAGGACUGACACUGAAAAAAAGAAAAGAAAGAUGGAGGAUAUCGACGCCAUGUUCAGCGACCUGCUGGGGGAGAUGAACCUCCUCACUCAGAGUCUCGGGCAGGAAGCGGCGCCCGCUGCAGACCCCCCCACAUCCACCAAGGAGGUCAACUUCUCCAUCGGCUUCUCAGACUUGAAUGCCUCCCUCAAUGAGCUGGAGGACAAAGAUCUGGACGACCUGAUGUCUGAUCUGAUGGCCGACCUGAACGCCACAGAGGAGAAGCUGGCCGCAGAGUUACAGAGCCUGGAGGCGCCGCCCCCACCCGACCUGCCGCCUCCACCGAAAGGCCUGAUCGCUCCGGCCGCCGCUGCCCCCACCUCGCCUGCAUCUCCGGCGAGCGUCUGCACGCCCUCCUCCACCGCCACCUCCCCCCUGCCAGCCCCCCCGCCUCAGUCAGUAAAGCCGUCAAAGGAGGAUUUGGAGGCGCAGUUAAAGGCAGAAAAGAUCAAACUCGCUCUGGAGAAGCUGAAGGAAGCCAAAGUCAAAAAGUUGGUGGUAAAGGUGCUGAUGAACGACGGCAGCUCCAAAACUCUGAUGGUGGACGAGAGGCAAACUGUCCGGGAAGUUCUGGACAACCUGUUCGAGAAGACUCACUGUGACUGCAACGUGGACUGGAGUCUGCGCGAGACCAACCACGAGCUGCAGCUCGAAAGGACCUUUGAAGACCACGAGAACCUGGUGGAGCCGCUGUCGGCGUGGACCAGAGACAGCGAGAACAAAGUGCUGUUUCUGGAGCGAGGAGAAAAGUACGAGGUUUUCAAAAACCCGCAGAACUUCUAUCUCUGGAAAAAAGAUAAGAAAGCUCUGAAAGAAAUAAAAGACAAAGACAAGGAAAUAUUAAUAAAGGAAAACUUCUGUGGGACGUCCACCAUCGUCCCGGAUCUGGAAUCCGUCCUGCACCUCCGGGAGGACGGGAAGAAGUCCUGGAAGCAGCGGCUCUUCCAGCUCCGAGCCUCCGGAAUUUACUACGUCCCCAAAGGGAAAACCAAGUCCUCCCGUGACCUCGUCUGCUUCGUCCAGUUCGACAACAUCAACGUCUACUACGGCAAUGACUUUAAGACCAAAUACAAAGCGCCGACAGACUUCUGCUUCGUUCUAAAACAUCCUCAGAUCCAGAAAGAGUCUCAGUACAUCAAGUAUCUGUGCUGUGACGACGCCUGGACCAUGAACCUUUGGGUGACGGGGAUCCGGAUAGCGAAGUACGGCUCUGUGCUGUAUGAAAACUUUAAAACAGCAGAGAAGAAGGCCGUGGUGAGCUCUGCAUGGACGAACCGCAGCACGCCGUCCAGCUCCAACCCGUCGACGCCCUCACCCACAGUCAAAGCCCCCUGACUUUCUCCCGCCUCCUCCACCCAUGAACUCUCUGCCCCAUCCACCCCCGCCCCCAGCCAGCUUUGGGGGCGUGGACCACUCGCUUCCUCCUCCACCUCCAGAUCCGGAGUUUUUACCUCCACCUCCACCUGACCCGCAGGUCACGGGUGGAGGAGGACCUCCCCCGCCGCCACCGCCGCCUCCUCCCCCUCCACCUGCAUCUGCUCCCGCCCCACGGGGAGCGUUGCGACCCACGGGGUCUGCAAAGAAGAUGCCCCCCGCUCCACCAAAGAGGACUACCCCUGUGAUGGGAGGAGGAGGAGGCGGAGGAGGCGGAGGAGGCGGAGACUUCAUGUCUGAGCUGAUGAAAGCCAUGCAGAAGAAGCGCAGCGAUCAAUAGUGAACUGAGCAGAUCCUCUAGUUUGAACUGUAGCCCACAAACGAGCGUCCAGCUGAGGACGGAGGCCGAGGAGGUCAUGGUGGACGUCAUCUCCAGUGAUGGGACCUCAACUUCUCUCUGCUCAGGUUCAAAGCAAACGCUCAGGAAUCCCAGAAUCCAAUAAAACAUCAUCAUGAGAGUGUACAUACAUCAGCGCGGAGUACUGUAAAUACAAUAACACAACGUUUGUCUCCAGAGAGAACAACAAAACUGUAAUCUGUUGGUUUUAAAGGCUUGUUUCUCCUCCGUCCCCCCAGAUAAACUUGUUUUCAUAAAAAUAUGUUUCAACUUUUAA